GAGCACAUGAUGUGUAUUUGAAUUGGUCAUCAAGAACACUUCUGACCGAAGCGCAGGUGGCAAGUGUUUCUGUCUUGUCUUUUCAGUUUCGCCGUGAAGAGGAUGCGGAAAAGGCCGUGAUUGACUUGAACAACCGCUGGUUUAACGGGCAGCCCAUCCACGCCGAGCUCUCCCCCGUGACCGACUUCAGAGAAGCCUGCUGCCGGCAGUACGAGAUGGGAGAGUGCACGCGAGGAGGCUUCUGCAACUUCAUGCAUCUGAAGCCCAUUUCUCGGGAGCUGCGGCGGGAGUUGUACGGGCGCCGUCGCAAGAAGUGAGUAUUUAAGUGUGUCCGUGACUCUGUGUGUGUGUGU